AUGGCUUCAGAUGUGAUCGAAAGCGAGGCGACUUUGAAAGGUAUGGAUGACACAAACAUGAACAUUAGUCGUCCAGAUUUUGGCACACCCAGGCGGACUCAUGGGACCAGACGCACGUCUAGUCCCUCGUCUUCUGGGGUGUCAGGGGAAGUGGACGAGGAGGAGCUGGACGAGCUACAAAACAGCACUGCGUCUACGGUGGAAAAUGGCGAGGAGGCACUUGAAGAGAGUUUAACCAAAACAAGGAGCAGUCAUCGAGAAAGGACGACCCCAGACAAUGACCAGGAUCCCAGUGACCAAAACAGCCCCUCUCAGUCAUGCUCUUCUGUUGGACUCAGCGGAAGCCUGGAACGCCAAGAAUCCGUUGCCACGACAGAGGCACGAUUAAGGAUGGAAGGAGUCGAGCUUAAGGAAGAAUGGCAGGACGAGGAUUUUCCACGGCCUCUACCUGAGGAGGAGGAGGGACUUGAAGAGGAAUUGUUUGCUGGAGCUUCAGAAGAGGGAGAAGCUGGCUAUGUAGUAAACCAGAGUAAGAAGAAGAAGAAGCUCACGGCUCCGGAAAUUAGCCUGAAUCUCGACCGCAGUGAAGGUUCUAUUCUCUCUGAUGAGUUAGAUGAAAGUACAGAGCUGGACUUGGAUGACAUGGACACACCUUCUGACAACAGCAAUGAGUUUGAAUGGGAAGAUGAUCUUCCCAAGCCUAAAACUACAGAACUACUAGAGAAGGGCGUGGAGUCGGUCCAGCAGUACUCUGCCUUGGAAGAGAGGGACGAAGGCCGGCGCUGGAGGGUGUUUCGUAUAGGAGAUCAAGAACACAGAGUGGACAUGACGGCCAUUGAUCCUUACAAGCGGGUUAUAAGCCAUGGAGGUUACUAUGGAGAUGGCUUGAAUGCCAUAAUUGUGUUUGCUGUUUGCUUCAUGCCUGAGAGCAGUCAACCAAACUACAGAUACAUCAUGGACAAUUUAUUCAAAUAUGUCAUUGGCACGCUAGAGCUGUUAGUGGCAGAAAACUAUAUGAUUGUAUACCUUAACGGGGCAACAUCACGAAAAAAGAUGCCAACUGUCGGCUGGCUCCGAAAGUGUUAUCAGCAGAUUGAUAGAAGGUUAAGGAAGAAUUUAAAAUCUUUGAUAAUCGUCCAUCCCUCCUGGUUCAUUCGCACCCUGCUGGCACUCACAAAACCUUUUAUCAGCUCCAAAUUCAGUCAAAAAAUCCAGUUUGUGUACAGCCUAACAGAGCUUGCGGCAUUAGUCCCGAUGGAGUAUGUGUCCAUUCCGGAUUGUAUCAAACUGUUUGACGAGGAAAAAAAUAAGAAAAGCAGUAAAAGGAUUGAUCAGGACAUGCACGGAAAAGUGGAGACGGCCACCGCAGCUGUUCCCGAGUGA